AUAUUAAUUGCCUUAAAUAGAACACAACCCAAAUUAACAAAACUCCACAAUCACCACAAACGCUUUUGUUUAUGUAUAAUAGUAUCAAACAUUGCUGGCCAAACUCUCCCCCAAGCUAUCAUUUUCAUGCAAAUUAUUAAAAUUAUAUUUUAAUUUAAGUAAAUUGAUGAAAUAUGGCAUUGGAAUUAGCCCACAUUUUUUGCUAUAAAUUGGUCAAAGUUCAAACUCGGGCCAGGGCCGAAGUCGCUUCUUCACUAAUCUCAAAAUUCAAUUCCUAUUAUUCCAUUAAUAAAACAAAAAAGGAGAGGAGAUUUGUGAGUCGGAAUUGGGAAAAUCGUAGCAAUAACGAUAUCGGAGCAAUCAAUCAUGUUCGCAAUUCUUCCGGCGCCGGAAAAAUCCACCGUUUGAACGGUGUCAUUCUCGGCGAGGUAUUAGCUUCUGAGGAAAAUGAUCUCGUCUUUCCAACCGAUGAAUUCUCCCAACAGGCUCAUGUUCCUUCUCCGCAAAAGUACCUGGAGAUGUACAAAAGAUCGAUCGAGGAUCCCGCUGGGUUUUGGUCGGAGUUUGCGUCUCAAUUCUACUGGAAACAGAAAUGGGAGGAUAGUGUUUACUCGGAGAAUCUCGAUGUCAGCAAAGGAAGAGUCAACAUUGAGUGGUUCAAGGGAGGUGUUACCAACAUUUGUUACAACUGUUUGGAUAGAAAUGUGGAAGCUGGACUUGGUGACAAAGUUGCCUUGUACUGGGAAGGCAAUAACACUGGAUUUGAUGACUCUUUAACUUACUUUCAACUUCUCCACAGAGUUUGCCAGCUUGCAAAUUAUUUGAAAGAUAUGGGAGUUCAAAAGGGUGAUGCUGUUGUCAUUUACUUACCCAUGCUAUUGGAACUUCCCAUCACAAUGCUAGCAUGUGCUCGCAUUGGUGCUGUUCAUUCGGUUGUUUUCGCCGGAGUUUCUGCAGAAUCUCUUGCUCAGAGAAUCAUUGAUUGCAAACCAAAAGUUGUUGUCACUUGCAAUGCUGUUAAAAGGGGUCCUAAGAUCAUUCAUCUCAAAGAUAUAGUGGAUGCGGCCCUUGUGGAAUCUGCCAAAACUGGCAUCCCCAUAGAUGCAUGCCUUGUCUACGAAAAUCAAUUGGCUAUGAAGAGGGAAGUUACUAAAUUGCAAGAUGGAAGAGAUGUAUGGUGGCAGGACGUCAUUCCUAAAUAUCCAACUCAUUGUGCAGUGGAGUGGGUUGAUGCUGAGGAUCCAUUGUUUCUGCUAUACACUAGUGGGAGCACUGGAAAACCUAAGGGGGUUCUCCAUACAACUGGAGGAUAUAUGGUGUAUACUGCAACAACAUUCAAAUACGCAUUUGACUAUAAACCGUCUGAUAUAUACUGGUGUACAGCUGACUGUGGUUGGAUUACUGGGCACAGCUAUGUCACAUAUGGACCACUGCUCAAUGGAGCAACUUCAAUAGUUUUUGAAGGGGCUCCUAAUUAUCCUGAUUCGGGACGCUGUUGGGACAUCGUAGAUAAAUACAAAGUUACAAUAUUUUACACUGCCCCCACAUUGGUGCGGUCCCUCAUGCGUGAUGGUGAUGAGUAUGUAAUUCGCUACUCAAGAAAAUCCUUACGGAUCCUUGGCAGUGCUGGUGAACCUAUCAAUCCAAGUGCAUGGAGGUGGUUUUACAAUGUGGUUGGAGAGUCAAGGUGCCCUAUUUCUGAUACAUGGUGGCAAACUGAAACUGGUGGCUUCAUGAUUACUCCGUUACCUGGUGCCUGGCCUCAGAAGCCUGGAUCUGCAACCUUUCCUUUCUUUGGAGUUAAGCCCGUUAUAGUAGAUGAGAAAGGUGUUGAGAUUGAAGGGGAGUGCAGUGGAUAUUUGUGUGUGAAAGGCUCUUGGCCUGGAGCGUUCCGAACCCUCUAUGGUGACCAUGAGCAAUAUGAAACCACUUACUUUAAGCCUUUCACUGGUUAUUACUUCACUGGUGAUGGCUGCAGAAGGGACAAGGAUGGAUACCACUGGCUUACAGGAAGAGUUGAUGAUGUUAUAAAUGUCAGUGGACAUCGUAUUGGUACAGCAGAAGUUGAAUCUGCUCUGGUUUCACAUCCCAAGUGUGCAGAAGCUGCUGUGGUUGGUAUUGAGCAUGAGGUGAAAGGGCAGUCUAUAUAUGCAUUUGUUACUCUGGUUGUAGGUGAGCCUUACAGUGAAGAACUACGAAAGAGUCUCAUCCUUACUGUAAGAAAGCAGAUAGGAGCGUUUGCCGCACCAGACAGGAUCCACUGGGCGCCUGGGCUUCCAAAGACAAGAAGUGGAAAGAUUAUGAGGAGGAUUCUGAGAAAAAUUGCUUCUGGUCAGUUAGAGGAGCUUGGAGACAUGAGCACACUUGCAGACCCUUAUGUAGUCGAACAGCUCAUUUCACUUUCCAAUUGCUGACGACAUUUCUGGUGUGGAAGGAGCAGUCCUACAUAGCAAAGCAUUAAGGGAGAGGAUUUGUAAGAUCAGGUUUUCGAUUUUUCUAGAGAAAAAUAAAUUAAUGAUAUGGGUUUCGUCAAUCAUUUUGACAAAGUCAGUUAAGAAACAUAAUUAUAUGUAUUUUGUAAUUCAAUUUAAUCCUAUAAUCGUAUGAAGGGCUAAACAUCCAUAAAAUGAAACAUUAAUAAAAUAAGUUAGACAGAUUAAAUGAUUA